AUGGCGGCAGCGGCAGCGGUAGCGGCGGCGCCGUACGCGCGGGUGAUGGAGGACAUGGUGAAGGGCCGGGAGUACGCGACGCAGCUGCAGGCGCUGCUCCGGGACUCGCCCGACGCCGGCCGCCUCCUGGACCGGAUCCUCCACGCCAUGUCCCGCACCAUCGACACGGCCAAGGCCGCGGCCGCCGCCGCCGAGGAGGAGGCGUCCGAGGUGCAGAGCGACGUCACCUGCACUGCCGGCAGCGGCAAAAGGAAGGCCGCUGGCGGAGGGGACAAGAGGGCCGCCUGUCGGAAGAGAGGCCAGCAAGGAUCAUCGGUUGUGACGAAGAACACCAAGGAUUUGGAGGACGGACACGCAUGGCGCAAGUACGGACAGAAGGAGAUACAAAACUGCAAGUACCCAAAGGCCUACUUCCGGUGCACGCACAAGUACGACCAGCAGUGCGUGGCGCAGCGGCAGGUGCAGCGCCGCGACGACGACCCGGACACCUACACGGUCACCUACAUCGGCGUGCACACCUGCCGGGACCCCGCCACGGCCAUCGCGCACGCCGACGCCGGUGUCGCCGACGAGCUCCGCCACGCGGGGUCCCGCCUCAUCAGCUUCGCGGCCAACGCCAGCGCGGCCACCACAACCAGCACCACCACCACCGGGAACACCACCAGCCAGCAGGCCGGGCACAAGGACGCCGCCAAGCUGCUGGCGGGACCCCUGAAGCUGGAGGCCGGCGGCGAGCAGGAGGAGGUGCUGAGCAGCCUCACCCCGGCGGCGGAGGCGAUGCGGAACGCCGCGGCGACGACGCCCGGCGGGCCGGACCAGGGUGACGUGACGUCUGUCCUGCAGCUGCAGCAGCACUGCUACGGCGGUGAGCUCGCGGACAUGGCUCGCUUCAGUUAUGAUGACACGUUCGAUCUCCAGGACAUUGUUGUGUUCGGAUUCGAUCACUGCUGA